AAUCAGAUAAAAAUGGCGGAAACGAAUAUCCCAAAGCAUAUCACAAACGGAGUUGAAGAAUAUUCUCCCCCAGAUUCAAUUUUUGUCUCUAUUUUCUUAUCUACGUUCUAGUAAUUUUAGCUCUGUCCUAACCAAUAUAUAAACCAUGCUUCUUCUUCAUCAUCAUCAUCAUCAUCUUCCUCAUAGACCCUUCUUCCUCAAAUCUAAACCCUCACCGUCACCAUUCUGUAAAAUCCCGUUUCUUUUAUCGAAGAACAAUUACAAAAUGGCCCUUAAAGCUGUUCAUGUCUCCGACGUUCCGAAUCUUGAUCAUGUUCCUGAUAAUGCCUCUCUUUUCUCCACCCGAUCGUUCAAAGGGGCUGAUGUCAAAACGGUGUCGUCUACCUCGCCGGGGAAUAAAUUUGUUGUGGUGGGACAUAGAGGGAACGGGAUGAAUAUAUUGACGUCAAAUGAUAAGAGAAUGAAAUAUAUUAAAGAAAAUUCUAUUUCGUCGUUCAAUCACGCCGCUUCUUUCCCCAUUGAUUUUAUUGAAUUCGACGUUCAGGUGACAAAAGAUGGCUGCCCUAUUAUUUUCCAUGACAAUUUCAUCCUCUCUGAAGAGAAUGGAAGUGUUUUUGAGAAGAGAGUGACUGAGCUAUGUUUAUCUGAGUUUCUAGGCUAUGGUCCUCAGAAAGAAACAGGGAAGACUGGAAAAUCUUUGUUGAGGAAAACAAAAGAUGGGAAAAUUGUGCAGUGGAAUGUUGAGAAAGAUGACUCAGUUUGCACUUUGAAAGAUGCUUUUCAAUUAGUGGAGCCUUCUCUAGGGUUUAAUAUUGAAUUGAAAUUUGAUGAUCAUAUUGUUUACCAGCAGGAUUAUCUCAACAAUGUUCUUCAGGCCAUCCUGCAGGUGGUGUAUGAAUACGGUCAUGAUAGACCAAUUAUCUUCUCAUCAUUCCAACCUGAUGCAGCACUGCUUGUUAGAGAACUGCAGAACACCUACCCUGUUUACUUUUUGACAAAUGGCGGAACUGAGAUUUUCUACGACACAAGGAGAAAUUCAUUAGAGGAGGCGAUAAAGGUGUGCUUGGGAGGAGGUUUGCAUGGAAUUGUAUCUGAGGUCAAAGGAAUUUUCAGAAAUCCUGGGGCAGUACCUAAAAUCAAAGAGGCCAAGCUUUCACUUCUUACAUAUGGGAAACUUAACAAUGUGUCUGAAGCUGUGUACAUUCAACAUCUGAUGGGUGUAAAUGGAGUGAUCGUCGAUCUGGUUAGAGAGAUUACGGAGGGGGUAUCUGGUAUGAUAAAGCCAACUAAGAACGAUGAUGAGGAUAGCAAUUCAACCAAAAAGGAGAGCGAGAUAGAAUUGAAAUCGAAUCCCGAAUUCUCACAGAAAGAACUCUCUUUUCUUUUGAAGCUUAUUCCACAACUGAUACAAGAGUAAUACAUGGUCCUUGUAUACUAAAGAUCCUCAAUUUUUUAGAACCCCUUUGUCCUGCUGUGGUUUAUAAUGUACAUACUAUCAUUUCUUGGGGCAUACAAAUAGGAAGAAAAUAUAAUUCGUUAGAGGAGAUUCAUUACAGUGUAGUUGCAGAAAGAAUUCAUCUCCAUGUGCUACUGUAUUCCUUGGUUGCUUAUUUGAUCUGAAAAUUUGCAUUUGUCUA